CUUCAACUCACCAUAGUAGAGGCAUGAGUAAGCCUAAAAGUGUCAUUGUCGUCGGCGCCGGUGCUGGCGGCAUCGCAAGUGCUGCCCGACUUGCCAAAGCCGGGUUCCGAGUCACGGUGAUAGAAAAGAAUGAUCACACUGGUGGUCGAUGCAGCUUGAUCCAUCAUGACGGUCACCGUUUUGACCAAGGUCCUUCGUUGCUGCUCCUUCCAGAUCUCUUCCGAGAAGCAUUUAUCGACCUUGACACUUCGCUAGAAGCUGAAGGCGUGGAACUACUCAAAUGUGAUCCCAACUACAACAUCUGGUUUGGUGAUGGCGAGAACAUCGAGCUUUCCACCGACGUGUCCAAGAUGAAGAAGGAAAUUGAACGCUGGGAGGGCAAGGAUGGCUUUGAGCGAUACCUUGACUGGAUGAGGGAGGCUCAUGUUCACUAUGAGGCCAGUGUUGUCCAUGUGCUUCGAAAGAACUUUGCGUCCAUCUGGGCCAUGGCCCGACCGAGCUUCCUGCCGUAUCUUCCAGCCCUGCAUCCUUUCGAAAGUAUUUGGGCUCGCGCCGCUCGCUACUUCAAGACCGAGAGGUUGCGCCGAGCCUUCACCUUCGGGAGCAUGUACAUGGGCAUGAGUCCUUUUGAUGCUCCUGGCACUUAUAGUCUGCUGCAGUAUACUGAACUCGCCGAGGGCAUCUGGUAUCCCAGAGGUGGUUUCCACAAAGUCCUCGACGCCCUGGUCCGAGUUGGUGAGCGUUUUGGUGUCGAGUACCGCCUGUCAUCCCCAGUGGCCCAAAUCAACACGGAUUUCCAUUCCAAGCGAGCAACUGGAGUUACCCUGAAAUCCGGAGAGGCUUUGAAUGCAGAUAUUGUCUUGGUCAACGCAGAUUUAGUCUAUGCUUACAACCAGCUACUACCACAUUCAGACCAAGCUUCCGCAUUGUCCAAGAAGUCAGCCUCUUGCUCCAGCAUAUCAUUCUACUGGUCGAUGGACACCGUAAUCCCGGAGUUGCAUACCCAUAAUGUCUUCCUGGCCGACGACUACAAAGACAGCUUCGAUGACAUCUUCAAACGGCAAUUGAUACCCAAAGAGCCUUCAUUUUACGUCAAUGUUCCCUCAAGGGUCGAUCCCACAGCUGCUCCUGUUGGACGCGACAGUGUUGUCGUUCUGGUUCCUUGCGGACAUCUGCUGGAAGGUCCGGCUUCACGUGGACUGAAUCCAUCAAGUUCUCAAGAUUGGAAUGCGAUGGUCAACAAGGCCAGAGGCGCAGUCUUUGACAUGGUUCUUUCUAGAACUGGUGUGAACCUUAAGUCGCACAUUGUCAACGAAGUCAUCAAUACCCCAUCAUCGUGGAAGGAAAGAUUCAAUUUGGAUAAAGGUGCCAUCCUCGGCUUGAGUCAUUCAUUCUUCAAUGUUCUCAGUUUUCGACCCAAGACCAAACACUCGGAGAUUUCCAAUCUCUACUUUGUCGGUGCAAGCACACAUCCCGGAACCGGAGUGCCAAUUGUGCUAGCUGGAAGCAAAAUCACCACUGGCCAAAUUCUCGAUGACCUCGGUAUGGUCAAGCCUUGGACAGCCGGCGGCCACAUCACUAGAAGUGUCAGCAGCCUUGAUCAGAUAGGCUCCACUCCAUUUGACCUCUCACGCACGAUAUUGGCACUGCUUUUGUUGUUGGCUUUGUCGCUGUACUUGUCUACAAGUCGGUAACGCUCUGGGGGAUGAUCGUCACGGAACAGCCGGAUAGCAAGCACGCGUGACAUGCGUGAAGAGCCUUGUCCGCUUAAUGCUAUACUUUAGGAGCCUCAUCGCUUGGACUAAAGGCAGAUCCGGGUACUGCCCUGCUACGAUCUGCGUCUGAGCCAGCAUUGAAAGAAUUCACCGACCUUUAAGAUACCCCUUGAUAAUAGAGUCAAGCUACCACAAUCUAAUAGAAUCUUCACCUCGAACACGAUUGAUGCCGACUUUGGGUUUCUCAUAGCGAAGUGAUUCCUUGUCCAACGUUGAAAAUCCGUCGGUCUCAAUUGUUGCAAGACUGGCCCCGAGCCUGAAACUUGAGCCCGAGCCAUCUGGUCUAGGAGCUUAAGCGUGGUAGCUGCGACGAGUGGCGAAGACUCAAUAUUCAC